UCCCCCGCCAAGAUAAGGUUUAGCGCGCGCGGCGCUUGACUAGGACUUACACGCACAACGUUCGGAUACACCUGUCUGUCCGCCUGUUUGCAAGUCCAAGUUGGCACAGCUCAGACCACAAACCCCGUUCGGCGCGGAAGCUAAACGGGUCCAUGCCGCCCGGCACGGCCUCCCCGCCGACGCCGGUGCCCAGGGUCGCAUAUCGCCACUCGCCCAAGGGUGAGGAAAAAAAGGAAACGGCUGGAUUUGCUGAAAUAUCUGCCGCUUCCGUCGGCAUCCUGCCGUCAUUCCUAGCCCGCUCCAUUCCUCCUCUAGGCAGCUUGGCCGACACUACACAAGGGCCGAUGGUUUCUUUUGGGAUCCCGUUGAUAACUAGCGAAAUUGGAGGCAGAAUAUCCAACUACAACAGGCCGGCUAUAGCAUCGUCGAUUAUGCUGUCCACGAUCCACUCCGACACGAAACUAGCUCUCACACCUCGAAACAAUGAUUCAGGAUCCCGAGUCCGAAGUUGGCACAGCACCCUCGUCACAGACAGAAGCACGUUCCAAUUUUGCCCGGGUAAACCCAGUGAGUCGUGUGCCGGGACGAACCCCCUUCUUCACUGCGUCCGCCAAAUUGCUUGGGUCACCCACCACUUCAAGUCGAUACAGUGGAAGAAUGUCCCUAAGAUAGAACAUCCAAACUACCGCAACCCUGAGUAUCGCAAACCUUGCUCUGCCACACAGCUCUGCUUAUUCACGCUCUAAAUUCCGCUCUUUUCGCUUCCUUGCUUCCCUGCGCUCAUGGGCUUUGUUCCCAGCACCAGCCUAACUCCAUUCUUUGCGACAAUGUGUCAAUCGGACGCCGCCAUGUGGGCGGUAGAACUG